AUGAGCAAAAACGGUGACGGCAAACAAAAGACUCCUCUCCUCACUCAUCUCGUCGCAGGUGGUGCUGCUGGCUUUAUGGAAGCAUGUACUUGCCAUCCUCUUGAUACCAUCAAGGUCAGAAUGCAAUUGGCAAAGAGUGCUGCUAGAAAUGCUAGUGGCAAACCUCUUGGUUUCCUCGGUGUAGGUGCAAAGAUCAUUAGAAACGAAUCAUUCUGGGCUUUGUAUAAGGGUCUUGGUGCCGUUGUUUCCGGUAUCGUGCCAAAGAUGGCUAUUCGUUUUAGUUCUUUUGAAUUGUACAAGGAAUGGAUGGCUGAUGCCAACGGAAAGGUCAGCACCUCUGCCGUCUUCGUUGCUGGUCUUGCUGCUGGUACUACUGAGGCCAUCAUGGUCGUUUCUCCUAUGGAUCUUAUCAAGAUUCGUCUCCAGGCUCAAAGACAUUCCAUGGCUGAUCCCAUGGAUAUUCCCAAGUACCGUAACGCUCCUCAUGCUGCUUACACUAUUGUUCGCGAGGAAGGUGUUCGUGCUUUGUAUAAGGGUGUUACCUUGACCGCUUUGAGACAAGCCACCAACCAAGCUGCCAACUUUACUGCUUACCAAGAGUUCAAAAAGAUAGCUCAAAAAUACCAAAACUUGGAUGAACUUCCCUCUUACCAACAUUUGAUUCUUGGUGGUGUUUCUGGUGCUAUGGGUCCUCUUUCCAACGCUCCUAUUGAUACCAUCAAGACUCGUAUUCAAAAGUCUAGCGCUGCUGGAUCUGGCUGGGAACGCUUCAAGGUUGUUACCUCUGAAAUCAUGACCAAGGAAGGCCCCAGAGCUUUCUAUAAGGGUUUGACACCUAGAUUAUUGAGAGUUGCUCCUGGACAAGCUGUUACAUUCAUGGUGUAUGAAAAGGUCAAGUCAUGGCUCGAUAUCUUUCAAGAAAAGGUAAAGGAUGGUGAAGUUACCGCUCUUGUUACUCCUGCAAAGAAGUAA